AAAUAAAAUAAAAAGACUGAUCUACGUUUCUAUACAGGUCAAAUUUCUUUUAUAUAAAGUAAAGUUUAAAAUGUUUAAAAGUAUUUUGUUUUGUUUGUUCUGUAGUUGUAAACGGAAAUACGUUCUUUUUUUUAAUUCAGGCUGUGGUGCUUUUUAAGUGACAACAGAAAUAAUGUAAAUAUAUUGUGAUAUUUAAACGGACAAAUAUGGCUAAACGUGAAAACAGGAGAUCAGACUAUAGUGCUGAAUUACGGGGACACUCUGUUUACGACAACAGACUGAAAUACAUGGACUGCAAUUUAAAUCAAAUGUCUCAAAGUGUUUAUUUUGAAUUUCAGCCAAGAGAUCAAGUGUAUUCCUACGCGUUGGAGACAAACUUGCACGGUAAUGCUUCAGAUGGAAGUAACGGAACAGUAUCAACUUACGCCGAGAGCAGCGUAGGGCCUUUAAAAAACAAUAAUUCCCCAAAUAACUAUUUUCAUUCUCGAAAUACAAAACAGGUACCAACUACGGAGCAGAGACAGGUACCAGCAACGGAGCAGAGACAGGUACCAGCAACGGAGCAGAGACAGGUACCAGCAACGGAGCAGAGACAGGUACCAGCAACGGAGCAGAGACAGGUACCAGCAACGGAGCAGAGACAGGUACCAACUACGGAGCAGAGACAGGUACCAACUACAGAGCAGAGACAAGGGGAGCAGAAUCGGGUAUCAGCUACGGAGCAAUAUGUCAGCGGUCAGGGUCUUAGAGACUCCACUCAAAGUACUGGCACGACUUAUGAUAGAAUAAAUGAAACUGAUAUAAAUGUACAAGUUGACAGACGGAUAAAUAAACACGGAAACACAAAAACGCAGUCAUGCGCGUUAGGAAGAGUUCUUUUGAUACUAAUAACCAUAAUAGUUUUACUAGGCGCCGGAGUCGUCUUGGUCUAUGUAUUUGUUAUCAACAGAAACAAUGCAGCUCAGUCUUCGGAUUGUGAUACAUUACCACAAGUGCCAAAUGGCCAAUCACGUGAGUCUAUAUCUGACCAGGGAUAUACUACAGCAACAGUUCGCUGUAGUCAUGGAUACGAACUCCAUGGCAACGAAACUAUGACAUGUACAGAGGGCAGUUGGAGCGUGAAACCAACAUGCGAACGAAUUCAGUGUGGACCAUUCCCAGAAGUAGAAAACGGCAAGGUUAACGGGACAGACACAGCGUUCGAAUCAACAGCAAGUAUAACAUGUAAUCCUGGUUUUCUUGUAGAAGAAUCAACCAUUACAUGUUCGGGAGAUGCUAACUGGAGCCCUCCCACUGGUUGUUACGAACAUCCGUGCGGAAUAUAUACACCAUUUGAUGAUAUGAUGGUUGUGGAAGAGCUGACUUUGUCCAAAAUGACUUUAUGCUUAACAUGUAAACCUGGAUUGAUGUUUGUCAACGGUAGUGACCAGUGUGUCACGUGCCAGAAUGGAAAGUGGACGGGAAGCCCAGAAUGCGAAAUACCUGCUUCGGAUUGUGAUACAUUACCACAAGUGCCAAAUGGCCAAUCACGUGAGUCUAUAUCUGACCAGGGAUAUACUACAGCAACAGUUCGCUGUAGUCAUGGAUACGAACUCCAUGGCAACGAAACUAUGACAUGUAAAGAGGGCAGUUGGAGCGUGAAACCAACAUGCGAACGAAUUCAGUGUGAACCAUUCCCAGAAGUAGAAAACGGCAAGGUUAACGGGACAGACACAGCGUUCGAAUCAACAGCAAGUAUAACAUGUACUCCUGGUUUUCUUGUAGAAGAAUCAACCAUUACAUGUUCGGGAGAUGGUAACUGGAGCCCUCCCACUGGUUGUUACGAACAUCCGUGCGGAAUAUAUACACCAUUUGAUGAUAUGAUGGUUGUGGAAGAGCUGACUUUGUCCAAAAUGACUUUAUGCUUAACAUGUAAACCUGGAUUGAUGUUUGUCAACGGUAGUGACCAGUGUGUCACGUGCCAGAAUGGAAAGUGGACGGGAAGCCCAGAAUGCGAAAUACCUGCUUCGGAUUGUGAUACAUUACCACAAGUGCCAAAUGGCCAAUCACGCGAGUCUAUAUCUGACCAGGGAUAUACUACAGCAACAGUUCGCUGUAGUCAUGGAUACGAACUCCAUGGCAACGAAACUAUGUCAUGUACAGAGGGCAGUUGGAGCGUGAAACCAACAUGCGAACGAAUUCAGUGUGGACCAUUCCCAGAAGUAGAAAACGGCAAGGUUAACGGGACAGACACAGCGUUCGAAUCAACAGCAAGUAUAACAUGUAAUCCUGGUUUUCUUGUAGAAGAAUCAACCAUUACAUGUUCGGGAGAUGGUAACUGGAGCCCUCCCACUGGUUGUUACGAACAUCCGUGCGGAAUAUAUACACCAUUUGAUGAUAUGAUGGUUGUGGAAGAGCUGACUUUGUCCAAAAUGACUUUAUGCUUAACAUGUAAACCUGGAUUGAUGUUUGUCAACGGUAGUGACCAGUGUGUCACUUGCCAGAAUGGAAAGUGGACGGGAAGCCCAGAAUGCGAAAUACCUGGUAUGGUGUAUUUUGAUCCUCCCAAACCAAUGUACCAUGUCGAUGACCGAGUGUCUUUGACGUGCGUUGUUCAGGGAUCCCAAGAGUGGCAGUCUAUUAUGGUGGCUAAGACAAAUUUCCAGAGCUCAAACACGGAACCAUUGAUUUUUCUUAAUAGGACACGUGAUGAAAUGCUCAUUCAGUCACUUGGCGAUACUGACAGAUCUUCUGUGAGUCAUCAAAUUACGUCAGAUGGUGUUGAGGUUGAUUUCGAGAUUGCCAAUGCUCUCUGUGAAGAUGGAGGUGUUUACAUUUGUGGAAAUGUUGUCGGAACUGUAGACUCUCCAGACAAAGUCAAAAGCACAAACACGUCUGUGCAUAUCAUAGAUGUAACAUCAAGUGUACCCGAGGUUAUCGUACCAGAAACCAUGCAUGUAGGCAUUGAAGACAAGAUCAAAUGUACAAGUGAAAUUGGUCAAGACGAGAAUGGCACAGUCUUAGGCGAAAUAGUGUUUCAGAUCAAAUAUAAGAACACAGAUUCUUUCAAAAACCUCUCGUCUGUGACAGAAGACUCGCUUAGCCAAAAGAGUAACUGCCGCCUAAACGAAACAAUCGUGUCCACAUUUAUACCAGAAAAUGACAUGCAUGAGGCCUUAGUCCGGUGUGUUGUCUUGACCACGGACGGAAUACAGUUAACGUCAACAGUAGAGACAUUGAAAAUCGUCUCCCCUAGAGUUAAUAUAUCGGCCCUGCCGCACGUGUUUACUUUCGGAGAAACUGCCGUCAUAACAGGUGUUAUGGACAAUAUUUAUGGAUGGGAUUUGAUAGAGGUCCGUAGAAAAUGUAGCAAUACCGAAGAAUAUAUUGCACGCAUCACCGCAGAUGCUCAAGGUGAACCGAUACUAACUGAUAACCAUGUUCGGCUGACAGAGAAAGACGUAACGUCCAGUUCAGCAAGGGUUGAACUGAAGUUCGAUUCUGUGAAGUGCGGCGAUUCCUGUGGCAGUGCUGAAGAAACUGCUGAAUACAGUGCUGCAGUAAGGAUAAACAACGACACGUGGAUAGAGAGAGAGACUAAAAUCAAGUUUCAGAGACAGCCGGAUAUUCCAUACUUGGACAUUCCCUAUGAUGUUAUUUCUGGGAACACUGCCCGUUUCGAAUGCAUGGGAGAAAUUGGCGAUCCCAAAGGGUAUCUUGAAAUAGAGAGUACAUUUGAAGACACGAAUUUCACAGUCUUUCUUUCAAGCAAAGAAGGAAAAGAUUCAAAUGCAUUUGGAUCAAUCACUAGUGUCACAGAUGUAAAUGAGGAAUGUAGUAAUGUGCGCACUAUUGCCUUUCAAAUACAUAGUUUGACAUCUAAAUUCCAUCAGAAAAAAAUGAGAUGUGUAUCAAGACCAUCAUUAUUGUUGGUCAACGGACAGUCAGCUGUUUCUGAUAUCAAAGCUAUAGAAGUUAUUCCAGAAAACUAUUGUUCGAAACCUGAUAGCUACACUGGAGCACGCAGACACCCGUUCCACUGCAGUAUGUUUGUUUCUUGUCACAAUGGUCACGUGACUGGUGUACCAGCAGGGUGUCAAGAAGUCGAAUGUUUUCAGGAUACCGCUUGUUAUUCGUGUGAAGAUAUUGGUGGAUGUUCAAUUACAGAUAUUUAUGUUGACAGUUUUUCCAACUGGAUACAGUUAGGAGAUUCUGUAACCUUGAUAUGUAAGGUCAAAGACUUCCAAGGUUUGACAGAUAUCAUAAUAUACAAGAACCACAAUGAAACUGUCACUUCAAGCUUCCUCGGCGGAGACUUUGAAGCCGGGGUAACAAAGGUACAAGACGAAAGCUACAUCAGCGGAAACAACGGCCAGUUGACGGUUUUUAUUGCGUCUGUACAGUGUAAAGAUAAAGGUGCCUAUCGUUGUGUUCCAAACGGGACUGGAAAACACUCGGAAGAUGAAACGAAUUUGGCCGUGAGAGAUGUUGACGGAAACACUGUUUGUUGAUUCAGCUGGAGUAAAAGAAGUAUCUUUUCGAAUGGAACUUUGCUGGUACAUAUGAACUGUGUUUACCAUAUGUAAAACCAAAAGUGGAUUUCGCAUAGAAAUUGCUGGACAUUUAUAAACUAGAUUUUAUGCUGAAUCAUUUGUAAGUUGUGCAUACAAUCUGCAGGGAACCAUAUUUUGCUUACGGAUAUCAGAUAUAAUUAAUUCCAAAAUCUAUUUGAUGGGUUAUGCAAAUGUAAUUAAUUGUUCAAUGUAGAUAAAGCAUAUGUUUAUCGUUGACCUAAUUUAUUGCUGGACUUGCUUGAAGUAGUAAAAAAACCACUGAAAAUCAUAACUGAUCCAUAACAAGAGCGCCAGACUUUCAUAAUUAAAAUACACCAGUCAUCGAACUUGGCCUAAUUCAAGGGUCAUAAUCCAAGAGUGCCUGGGACAAUUUGGGUGGUUAUCGAACUUUGCCGAGAUAUUAUGCCCAUAAACAUUGUCAGCAAGUUUGGUGAAGAUCGUAUGAAAACUGUUUGACUUAGAGAGUGGACAAGGCUAAAUUGGCACUUUUUCGAGUAAUUCAAGGGCCAUAAUCCAAGAGUGCUCUGGGCGAUUUGGGUGGUUAUCGAACUUGGCCGAGAUAUCAUGCCCACAAGCAUCGUCAGCAAGUUUGGUGAAGAUCGGAUGAAAACUGUUCGACUUAGAGAGCGGACAUGCUUUGGACGCCGACCGCCCGUCACCCAUCCGCCACCCGUCCGCCACGGGUGUUCACAUAAUACGCAUAAUACAGAGACGGGCGUAUAAAAUUGACUUUUCCCAAACAGAAAACCCAUUGAAGUACACACAGAUUUAAGGACCAUAACCGAUAAAUUUCAAAAGUCUUCUAAAAAGGUUAUGUCCAAAAUGUCGCAUUUAGAAAUUUCCAUAAACUUUUCAAAGUGUUCUGUCAGGUCACACAAAAUUUCCUGCGGAAACCAAAUUCAAUAUAAGUUGUGGGAGAAUGUGGGAGAAUGGAUUAAAAAUGUAUAACUUGUCGCGAUUUGUCCAUUCUUCCACAUAAGUGCAGCUGUUAAAAAAACAAACACAUGUAUGGAUAGAAAAAUAAACAUCACAUAAUUUGUUAAAGUAGAGAACUUGUUAUAAUAAUUUGUUAAAUGUUCUAAAGGUUAAAACUUAAAACAUUGCAGUUAAGAAUUAUCAAAAAGUAUAUGUACAAACAGAGUCAUAAUAGAGUAAUAUCUGAUUUAAGAAAUAAAAGAUUUCAUCCUUA